AUGUCGGCAUCCACCAGUCAACCGCCAAAACAGAUUGCUCGUAUACGAAUCCCACAGACAGAGUUUGUUGCCGUCACUGCAUACCAAAACAAUACUAUAACCCAACUAAAGAUCGAGCAUAAUCCAUUCGCGAAAGGAUUUCGUGAUGGUGGCGAGCGCAAAAGAUCUACACCAGAAAGUUGUAUGCCUUCACCUUCUCCGAAGCGCAUCUUCUCACCGGUGAAUUAUACACCAAUGGACAAACCAGUACCAGUUCUUCCAACUCCCACUCCAUUACCUAUGCCAAAUAUGUGGCCAAGCCUCUAUCAAGCGUACUGGAAUCCUUAUUCUUACAUGCUGAAUCCAUUUCUUGCUCGAUUUGGCGCGCCAAAAUAA